UAGUGCUUUGCGAUUAUUUCACUGAACGCGCGAACGUUUCAUUUUGUCGUUUGUUUUGCUCUGGAAAGUAUUUAAUGCGAGAACGUGUUUUGUAAGCGGAGAGCGACUUCGACUUCUAUAGACAUGUGUAUGGGAAGAGACUACCAAUUACACGUCCUAGUUACGGUGUGGGUUCUCGCUGCCUCGGUGACACGAUCAUACGGACAAGUGUCUGACCCGGGAGGACAUGCAGCGGGCCAGAAGAGAGUGGAUUCAGGUGCUGUCGUGUUCACACACAGUCCCACCCCAGACCCGGAGGGCGAGGCCCAGCCCUUCACCACGGCUCCGCCCCUCAACGUCCCCGGACUCCACCCCGGCCUCCACCCCGGCCUCCGGGGCUUGAGGCUGCAGCAGGCCCUGCUCUCCAAGGACUUCCAGGGAGAGCAGCACUUCUUCAGCCCCACCGUGCCCGGCUCUUACUCUGCCCUGGAGGAGGGGGGGCCAUCCACCCCUGGGGUGCCCCACGAAGACGCCCCUGCCUUCUCAGACAUCGCCACCACCUCCACCGUGGCCGGCACCACCCCCCUGACCCCCCCGGGCCCCACCGCAGCUCUGGCCCUGGCCCAGAAGAAGCUCUCCAAGGAUAGGGGGCGGGGGGAGGAGAGGGGCGCGUCAACCACCCCUGUCACCAAGACCGCUGUUGCCACAGGGAACAGCCACAGUGCCACUGGUCCAGCCUCUGAGGGUGAAGAUGUCGUGGAGACCACAGCCACAGCCACUGUUCUGACCACCUCAGUGGCAGGGGCGAAGGCAGAUGGGCGGGGGGUGAAGAACAACACGGGCGUGUCCAGGAAGCUGACCCCAUCAGGAGAGGGGGAUGAGGGGAGCAUCGUCACCUCCACCAUCACCACCAUGCACACCACAGGUCCUUGCAGUGUGAAUUUCAGCGACCCCGAAGGCUACGUCGAGAUUCCUCAUCACCCUGGAGCCAGGGUGGAGUCUGGAGUGCACUGCACCUACGUUGUGACCGUCUAUCUGGGCUACGGGAUUGAAGUACAGGUGCUCAAUGCCAGCGUGUCCGAGGGGGAGCAGGUGACCCUGGAGGACAUGGGUGGCCGGGAGCCCUCCAUCCUGGCCAACCAGUCGGUCCUGACCAGGGGGCUGGUGCUGCGCAGCUGGAGCAACCAGAUCAACAUCCACUACCGCAGCCAGAGGCCGGCGAAGCGGGGGUCACUACUGCUACGUUACCAGGUGUUUGAGCUGAGCUGUCCCUUACCCAAGGAGCCAGCUAAUGGGGAUGUAUCAGUGAGUCACCUGCAUGCGGGGGGUGAGGCGUACUUCCAGUGUGUGACGGGGUACCAGCUGCAGGGUGCGGCCGUGCUGUCCUGCCGUAACGCCACCAGCCCCUACUGGAGCGGCCGGGAGCCGCGCUGUCUGGCUUCCUGUGGAGGGAUGAUCAAGAAUGCCACGUUUGGACGCAUCGUCUCCCCCGGUUUCCCCGGCAACUACAGCAACAACUUGACGUGUCACUGGGUGCUGGAGGCCCCGCCCGACCACAGACUGCAUGUGCACUUUGAGAAGGUUGCUCUGGCCGAGGACGACGACAGGCUGCUGAUUAAGAACGGGAACAACAUCGACUCCCCCCCGGUGUACGACUCCUACGAGGUGGAGUACCUUCCCAACGAGGGUGUGGUCAGCUCUGGGCGACACCUGUUCGUGGAGUUCACCACCGACGGGACUGUCACCUCCACGGGUGCAGCCGUCAGAUACGAGGCGUUCGCUAAAGGGACGUGCUACAGCCCGUUUGUGAAGUACGGGAACUUCAGCAGCAGCGACCCGGGGUUCGGGGUGGGGGCCGUGGUGGAGUUUGCGUGCGACCCGGGGUACACCCUGGAGCAGGGCUCCAUCAUCAUCGAGUGUGUCGACGUCCAGAACCCCCAGUGGAACGAGACUGAGCCAGCCUGCAGAGCUGUGUGCAGUGGGGAGAUGACGGACUCGGCCGGGGUGGUGUUGUCUCCUAACUGGCCCGAGGCGUACGACAGGGGCCAGGACUGCAUCUGGGGAGUGCACGUGGAGGAGGACAAGAGGAUCCUGCUGGACAUACAAGUUCUUCAUGUGGGCAAGAAUGACCUGCUGACCUUCUACGACGGUGACGAUCUCACGGCCAACAUCCUGGGCCAGUAUAGCGGCUCGAGACCUCGCUUCCGGCUCUACACCUCCAUGGCUGACGUCACCAUCCAGUUCCAGUCCGACCCCGCCACCAAUAUCUACGGAUACAACAACGGUUUUGUCCUCCACUUUUUUGAGGUGCCUAGGAACGACACAUGCUCAGAGCUUCCUGAGAUCACCAGCGGCUGGAAGAGCACCUCCCACCCUGACCUGGUCCACGGCACCGUGGUGACCUACCAGUGUUACCCCGGUUACCAGCUGUCCGGGGCCGAGAUCCUCAUUUGCCAGUGGGACCUAACCUGGAGUGGAGACGUGCCCAGCUGUGAGAAGGUGAUCUCCUGUCCAGACCCAGGCGUGGUGGAGCACAGCCGUAGGGUGGUGCCGCCCCGCCUCCUGGUUGGCUCCACGGUGCAGUACGUCUGCAACAAGGGCUACGUGCUGUCUGGAUCCGGCCUGCUCACUUGCUACAACCGUGACACAGCCAUCCCCAAGUGGAGUGAGAGGCCGCCCAAGUGUGUCCCUGAGCGGUAUGAACCCUGCAGAAACCCGGGAGCUCCCUCCACCGGCAUCCAGAGCCCAGAGCAGGCCUUCUACCAGGCGGGGGAAAGCCUCUCCUUCUCCUGCCGCCCCGGGUACCAGCUGCAGGGGGAGGCCUCCAUCCGCUGUGUCCCUGGACACCCCUCCCAGUGGAGCGCAGCCCCACCUGCCUGCAGGGCGUCGUCUACCAAGUACGUGACCGAGCGGAGGCUGGAUGUGACCAGCGGUGACAACGGUGCCGGAGGAAGCAGCAUCGUCAUGGCCGUCCUGACCCCGGCAGCGGUCGUCUGUGUUGUGGCUCUUGGGGUGUACCUCUACUUAGCAAAACAGGGGAAGUCUCUUCGGAUGCCCUCGUCAUCCUUGCCGCCAUACGACAACAUGACAGAGGAGUCCGACUUUAACAAUCCUGUCUAUGAGACUGUAGUAAGUACGGAUGUCAUGCAUCUACAAGAUGUGGACUCUUACAACACCAUAGUGCUGUCCUGAUCCACCUGCAUCCGCCUGCUCACCCGCCAUCUCAUGUCUCACCACCAGAGGGCGCUGGAGUCCCCUUGCGUGUCACACCCCUGAUCCAGACUGUGGGUCUGGUGAGGAUGUUAGAAAUAGUCCUGCCAGCACAGUUAGAACAUGCACAUCUAACUACACUGCAGUUUAGAAUGAGCAAGAUGAUGAUUUUGCUACAACUGUAGUAUAAUUAUUGAAUGACGGACAGGUCAUGAGAAAUGCAGCAUGUUUGAAUUUCUGUUAGACUGAUGUUAAUUCUGUGUAGGGGGAGUGAUAGAAAGUGAAAGAAAAUUAAACAUGAAACAAGAAAAUGAACAAAAUAAAGAUAGUGUUAAUAAUUGUUAAAUAUUGUUUCAGUGCUGCUAUAUGGAAUUCAUUGGGUCUCACAAGUCUGAUACUAUUUCAGUGAAAUUGAAUCAAAUGUCUUGAAUUGAUCCAGAAGGAAAGGCAAGUCCAUAUUGUGUUUGUAAGACUUUUUAAUAAAUUUUAAAAAGGCACA